UUUCUCGCGGUUCUUGUACCUUCGUUUUGUUCGGCCAAUUUUCUUCAAACAUCACAUUUUACCUGUCAAAACAUGUUUUCUUUUUCGUCUCAAAUGACGCCCCAUGCAUUCUUCUAACUCUAUUUUCCUUGAAAAGGAAGAAUAUUUUACUCGUUUUAUUGUAUCACCUGUUUUCAGUUCAUACCAAAAGGAAGCAUAAUUUUAUAAUCAGAGCAACAUCUGAUGCCUCUGCCGGUUACUGAGGAUACCACCGUCUCGAGUUAUUGGUUGAACUGGAGGGUCCUGCUAUGUUCAAUAUGGUUAUUGUCAAUAAUGGCUAUAUCAUCAUUUAUUAUAUGGAAAUAUGAAUCUUUGGAUAAUUUGAGGUCUGAUGAAGGAGAAACACGGCAAGACGCUGCACAGUUUUUGUGUAAUGAUGACGCAUGGAGGCCAUGUCUUAAAGAAAUACACCCAUUUUGGCUAUUGGUUUUCCGAGUAAUUGCAUUCUGUUUUCUUUUGGCUACUCUCGUUGUCAGAAUUCUUAGUAGUGAAAGCAGAAUAUUCUACUUUUAUACUCAGUGGACUUUUGUUCUGGUUACCUUUUAUUUUGGGUUUGGAUCUCUUCUCUCCAUCUAUGGGUGUUACCAGUACCACAAGAUAAGCAGUGGGAAUCUUAAUGUACAACAUGGUGAAACAGAUGCAGAGCAAGGAAACUUCAUGCCUCUAACCAAUGGAGAAAAUGCAAAUAAACAUGAAAUGAGAAAUGUCUUGAAUACCCAAGAGAAAUCCAGUCCAGCAAUUAUUAGUUGUCUAUUUCAAGUCGUAUAUCAGAUGAAUGCUGGGGCGGUGAUCCUCACUGAUUGCGUUUAUUGGCUCAUUAUUUUUCCAUUUCUCACUGCCAGUGACUACAAAUUGAGUUUUAUGACAGUGAAUAUGCAUACCCUGAAUGCUGUCUUUCUACUCGGUGAUACAGCUCUGAAUUGCUUGCGAUUCCCGUGGUUUCGGAUAGCUUACUUUUGUUUAUGGACGUGCGUCUUUGUUAUUUUCCAGUGGAUACUUCAUGUUGUUGUCUCAGUUUGGUGGCCGUACCCAUUCCUUGAGCUGUCAUCAUCAAUUGCACCAUUAUGGUACUUGGGAGUGGGAUUGAUGCAUAUUCCGUGUUAUGCCAUAUUUGUUUUAGUGGUCAAAACAAAGCAUUACCUGUUCUCAAGAUGGUUCCCACAGUCUUAUCUAUGUUCAAGAUAAGAGAAAAAUAAAAAUUCAUUUUAGGUGUAGUUUUAAUGUUUUCUUUCGUUUGUUUAAAAUCAAGUGUAGAUAGCAAAAUUGGUAUUCUACACACGGGAUCAUUAUAUAUACUUAAAUAAAUGUUCCACUGA